AUGGGUAACGAUGGCGGAUCCAUUCCAAAGCGCCGGGAGCUCGUCAAAGAAUCCGCUCGCCUCCCCUCCGUCUCGGAACUUAAGUCGACGCUGCUCGAAUCGCUCGGCCACGCGUGGACGCACUGCGCCAUCAGCGACGAGAAGCUCGACAUGGACAAUGCGGUCAGCGACUGGCGCGGCCGGCUGUUCAACUACGAGGCCGUGCUGCAGGGCCUCAUGCCCUCGGAGGAGACCGACGACGGCAGCGGCAAGGCGCAGAGGUUCGCAGAGACGGGCAUCACGUCCCUGCGCGACGUAGUCAAGCUCAAGUUCAAAAAGUACGCGCCGCCGGGACACAAGGCCGAGAGUGGUCAGAUCUGCGCCUGUCCGGUUUCGCUCAAGGAGAUUGGGCCCGCGACCAAGGCGGUAUACCUAGUGCCGUGCGGUCAUGUGUUUGCCGAGCUAGCGAUGGACAAGAUCACAGACUUGGCUUGUCCCGAGUGCAGUGAGACGUUUGAGAAGCAAAACGUCAUAUCGAUACUGCCAAGGGAGGAUGCGGAGCUCGAGAGGCUGAGGCAGCGGAUGGUCGAUUUGAAGGAGAAAGGCUUGUCACACAACUUGAAGAAAGAUAAAAGCAACGGGAAAAAGAAGAAGCGCAAGGCUGAAGAUGGGAAAGAAGAUGUAGCCAAGGACGCAGAAAAGGAGAACGGGGCUUCAAAAGACCAAACCAAAAAGGCACACAUCAACAACCCAAUGACAGCUUCGCUGACGGCCAAGGUCAUGGCCGAACAGGAGGAGAGGAACAAAAGGAGGAAACUAGCGGCAGCAAGAUGA